CUGCCAAUAAACCUCGAAGAAGAAUACGAGCAAGGCGCAUGCGGUGUUUGUUUGGGGCUUUUGCUAGCCUAGCCGUGUAGCAAGCUGUGCAUCCCUGUGUGAAACGAUCAACCAAAUAGGCCUUAUUCUAACAUCGGAAGCAGGCUACUGUAGUUAGGUGUCUCUCUAAUUCCUUGUUGUGUUAUAUUUUAUGUUAGAGGCAGGUCAGGUCGUUGUCUAUAUAGUUAGCUCAACUAAUCCACAUAAAAUGACUGAUCAAUCAUCACUGCUGCUUCGAAAACAACUGGCAGAGCUCAACAAGAACCCUGUGGAGGGAUUUUCUGCCGGUCUCAUAGACGAUGAUGACAUCCAUCAGUGGGAGGUGGUCGUUAUUGGCCCUCAAGAUACAUUAUUUGAGGGUGGUUUCUUUAAAGCCUACCUGACCUUUCCCCAUGACUACCCUCAUAGGCCCCCGAAGAUGAAGUUCAUCACAGAAAUAUGGCAUCCCAAUGUGGCAAAGAAUGGUGACGUGUGCAUCUCCAUUCUGCACGAGCCCGGAGAGGACAAGUUUGGCUAUGAGAAGCCUGAGGAGCGCUGGCUGCCCAUCCACACUGUAGAGACCAUCAUGAUCAGUGUCAUCUCCAUGCUGGCUGACCCGAACGGCGACUCACCCGCCAACGUGGACGCAGCCAAGGAAUGGAGAGAGGAUCCUUGCGGCGAGUUCAAGAGGAAGGUGGCUCGCUGUGUACGAAAGAGUCAGGAGAUGGCGUUUGACUAGGCCGCCUCCUCUACACAAACCCACUAUUUUUACCUUGGCGAAUACAUCAUGUCACUCUUCAAUAAAGACUUUUGCACCAGUGUUCUGCUCUUAGGAAGAUGUGGAAUAAAAAGCCAGCCCUUUUCUUUAGAUGUGUAAAUAGGGUCAGGGUCAAGUAAAUGUCUGGAGAUAAACAUCCCCCUCAUGGUUAUCGUCCAGUUUUCUCACCUUAUACUUAUUUAUUUAGAUGAUAAUGACAAUUCAAGAUGUGUGGUUUUUGUUUUGAUGAGCUUGUUCUUUAUUUUCAACCUGCCACUGAGCCAUCUAUUUUAGACUUGUCUCUUAUGCAAUUUUCGAGUUCAGAGCAUUUGAAGAGAUUGUUACCAACAGGCUUUCCUUGCCCGUUCUAUACCUCUGGAAGCCCAUCCCCUCAAGUGUUCUGCAAAGUCCUUUCACAGGGGUCAAUACACUCUGCUGCCUUAAGUUGUUUCCCUGUAAGCAAAGGAAACUGUCUCCAGUGAUGUCAACAUACAUUUCUGUGUUUGAUCAAUAUAUUUUUGGGGAUAAACCAAAAACAUUAGCAUGAGAACAGAGAAUAUUUUUUUGUAAUAAAGAUCAUCUCUAAAAUGUAAUUUUUUUGUGUAUGUAAAUAUAUUCUGUAUCAAAUUAGUUGUCGUUUGUGUACUUGAUUCUCCUUGCUGUUAUAGCUUAGAAUUUUUUUUAAGGACAUGUCAUUUUGCCCUUUGUCUAUUCUUGUGAGUGAAUCAAUUUAGCUUUGGUCAUGUUAACAUGUACACAGAAAAGUAAUCUUAUUUUAGAUUUGGCUCAGCCUUUUUGUUUGAAAGGUGUUUUGUGUGAUGAAUGAAGUGAUGCCACUUUUGGUUGAAAGUUUACUCAAGUAUUGACAUUUUAUCCUGUGCAAGUGGAUUAGACUGGCCAUCCGCAACAAUUUCGAACCCAAGAGGUGCUUUUGCGUUUUACGCAAGUGUAAUGCAAAAUAUCUGAUAAUGGAAGUGGUGAUGGAUUGUUAGAACAAGAAAUAAAACUUGUAGCUCAAUAGUUCUAUUCACCUGUGUGAUGUGAAGGCUAACAUGAGUUGUGAAAUUGUAGGCAUUUACACCCACAGUUAAUGUCUAAAACUUGAGCCCAAUAAAGUUUUGAAAAUGA